AAAGAAAAUUGUCGGCGCUGACCAAACAACAUCACCUCACCUCGUGGUUGGUUUCUCACCGCCGGAUUGCGAUUCCGCUGAAAUCGACACGCUGCCUCCGGCGAUCGAAUCUCACGGUUUCGCUUAAUCAACCCCCGGUAACUCUUUAUAUCCAGAGAACUUAUUACAUUCAGAAAUUAAAAGCGAUGGUAUCUGAAAGGUUUCUUGUUAAGGCAACUCCGAUGCGUGGAAAUCGAACUGGAGCGUAGAUCAAAGUGCUUUGGUCGGGAUCUUCCCUUUUGGCCAUGGACGUUACAGGACAAGCAGCUACGAAAGAGGUUUCAAAGAUUGUAAACGAUGAAGUUUCAUCAAUCGAGAUCAAAGUAUUGUUAUUCGCGAGAGCGCGUGAGCUCACGGGUGUGCCUGAUCUAACACUGAAGAUGCCAUCGGGUAGUACAACAAAGAAAUGUAUGGACGAGUUGGUCAUCAAGUUUCCAAAGUUAGAAGAGGUACGCAGCUGCGUGGUUCUUGCUUUGAACGAGGAAUAUACAACUGAUUCGGCCAUUGUUAAACACCGAGAUGAGUUAGCCAUCAUACCUCCAAUAAGUGGUGGCUAAUGCCUUUUUUACUUGUUACUAAAUCCUCUUAACUUGGGGUUUUUGUAUUUUCAUUGGCAAUAAAAUCAUAAAUGUAACAGUUAAAAGACUUGAGAAACUCGUUACUUUUUGUUCUAAACAACACAAAAAACAAAAAAAAAAUCUUUCUUUUGAUGA